CGCACCGGCGGGAGCGGAGCCGCGGCGCGCUCGCCGGGGACGCCGGCCGCCCGCCCGCCCUUGUGAGCGAGCGGCCCCGGGCGUCGAGGGGUCCGCGCCGCUCAGGGCGCCGCCGCCCUGGCCGCCAUGUGCUCCCAGCUCUGGUUCCUGACGGACCGGCGCAUCCGCGAGGACUACCCGCAGGUGCAGAUCCUGCGCGCCCUCCGGCAGCGCUGCUCCGAGCAGGACGUGCGCUUCCGGGCGGUGCUCAUGGACCAGAUCGCCGUCACCAUCGUUGGCGGCCACCUCGGCCUCCAGCUGAACCAGAAGGCCCUCACCACCUUCCCGGACGUGGUGCUCGUGCGGGUGCCCACGCCCUCAGUGCAAUCGGACAGCGACAUCACUGUCCUGCGACAUCUGGAGAAGCUGGGCUGCCGCUUGGUCAACCGCCCACAAAGCAUCUUAAAUUGCAUCAACAAAUUCUGGACAUUCCAAGAACUGGCUGGACAUGGGGUCCCCAUGCCAGACACCUUCUCUUAUGGUGGACAUGAAGACUUCUCUAAAAUGAUUGAUGAAGCUGAGCCCUUGGGCUACCCGGUUGUGGUGAAGAGCACACGAGGCCACCGGGGGAAAGCUGUUUUUCUGGCAAGAGAUAAACAUCACCUCUCAGACAUCUGCCAUGUGAUCCGCCAUGACGUGCCCUACCUGUUCCAGAAGUAUGUGAAGGAGUCACACGGAAAGGACAUCCGGGUGGUGGUGGUAGGGGGCCAGGUGAUAGGCUCAAUGCUUCGCUGCUCCACAGACGGACGGAUGCAAAGCAACUGCUCUCUAGGUGGUGUGGGCGUCAUGUGCCCGCUGACGGAACAAGGCAAGCAGUUGGCUAUUCAGGUGUCCAACAUCCUGGGCAUGGACUUCUGUGGCAUUGAUCUCCUUAUCAUGGAUGAUGGCUCCUUUGUGGUGUGUGAGGCAAAUGCCAAUGUCGGCUUCCUAGCCUUCGACCAGGCGUGCAACUUAGAUGUGGGUGCGAUCAUUGCAGACUAUACCAUGUCCUUGCUGCCAAACAGGCAGACUGGGAAGAUGGCUGUCCUCCCAGGACUGUCGAGUCCCAGGGAGAAGAACGAGCCAGAUGGCUGUGCUUCAGCUCAGGGAGUUGCAGAGAGCGUCUACACCAUCAACAGUGGGUCUACCUCUAGCGAGAGUGAGCCUGAACUGGGAGAGAUCCGGGAUUCCUCAGCAAGCACAGUGGGGGCCCCGCCUCCCAUGCUGUCCGAACCUGGCUACAACAUUAACAACAGGAUUGCUUCAGAAUUAAAACUUAAGUGAAUUCCUGCCUUUUGGCAGCAUUUAAACCAAAUCUUACUGCUUCCCUAGUAGUUUUCAGUGAAUAAAAUCUGGACUAAUGUGAUUUCAUUUGCACAGAAACUAGAUAUCCCAUCUGGGCACUCAGCAUUCUUUCUAACGAUGAUUUAAGCAAAUGGCCUAGCUUUGUGGUUUUUACAAAGACAAAUAUAAAAACACUCACCAACAACAA